AUCAGAGGAACUUCUUCUCAUGUUUUCUUCCAUGCGUAAAAUUGACACUUUCGGAGGCUCCUGUAAAAACUUAAAGAAGUUAAAUUUAUCGGGCAAUGACUUGAAUAAGAUUGGGGUAAAACGAAUGCAACAUUUAUCUGAUUUGCUGGAACUGGAUUUAUCAUUUAAUAACCUGGAAAGUUUAAAGCUUUGCAAUAACGAAUCUGUGCAGAUGUGGAAGCUGGUUUACCUAAACGCAUCUUUAAACUAUUUACUUAGUCUACAAAAGGGACAGUUUGCAUGCUUAAAAGAACUUAAGAGCUUAUCCCUGGAGAGCAACAAAAUUAAUCACAUCGCUGACUUUGCCUUUGAUGGGUUGGAUCAAUUACAGAUUUUGAAUCUUCAACACAACAACCUAUUCAGAAUUGGCGAAUAUACAUUUUCCAAUUUGUUUUCGGUAAGAGAUUUAAAUUUAUACGAAAAUGUGGUAGAGACGUUUUAUUCACAAGCAUUUAGAAAUGUCAUUCUUGAAGAUAUAAAGGUGACCUAUGAUUUUAAUAUUGAUUUGUCUUGGUGGAGUAAUAUACAAAGGUUCUUAAAAAAUAUCUCAGUAAAGACCAAUAUUUUACUCCUGACAAGUGACGUUUUAGAUGUUUUUCCUUUUCUCGAGAGCUUACAAAUAGAUUCACCCAACAUAGUCCUCAGUUGUGCUCCAUUCUCUGAAGCUAAAGAGUUACGUUUGGAAAACGCCAUAUACUUUGAAAAUACUGAUGCAGAAUGGAGCCCACUUGCCAGUUUUACAAAACUUGAAAAACUGUAUUACUCUGGAAACCCACAGGACGUUUCUAAUAGUAGUGCUCUUAUCAACUCGUUGAAAGACGUACCAUCAUUAAAGUUCCUUUAUUUGCACGAUACUGAUAAAACCAUUAAAUAUAAUCAGAUAAACACCAAUACAAUCUUUCAAAGACUAUCACAGCUCAAAGUUUUACAUUUAAACAAUUCUGGAAUAGAUCGCUUGGAUUCCAAAGAUGUUUUUAGUGAUUUGCAGGAUCUGGAAUUUCUCAUCAUUGAAAAUCAGAACAUGCAAGAGGUUGAGUCCAUCGUAUUUGAUUCAAUGCCCAACUUGAAGUACAUUUAUUUUUUGCAGACGACUUUUCCCUGUAGUUGUAAGUUCAACGGAUUUCUCUCAUGGCUGGAAUCUAACACACGUGUAUCUGCCAUUAAUUUUUACCAUCAAAAAUGUCUCGUCAAGGAUGUCAGGAUGAAUUUUAUAUUUUUCCUAAACAACAGUUGUCGGAGUGAUUUGGAUUUUAUAAUGUUUGUACUGAGUUUUUUUAGCACACUGUUGUUUAUGUGCCUAUCUCUUUUCCAUGAAAGUAUCCGGUGGUAUAUUCUCUACAUAGUCUACACGGUUAAAUGCUGGCUGAACCAUAGGCUCCAGCACAAAGACGAGUAUGAAUAUGAUGUUUUUGUGUCUUACAACUCAAACGAUGAGCUUUGGGUCACAGAGCAACUUCUUCCCAACCUGGAGCAGAAUGGUCCUCCAAACUUCAAAGUGUGUAUCCAUAACCGGGAUUUUGAGAUCGGCAGAGACAUUAUGGAGAACAUUAUGGACAGUAUCUAUAACAGCAGAUGGACGGUCUGUAUUAUUACCAAUAAUUACUUGCAGAGUAAUUGGUGUUCCCUAGAAAUGAGGAUGGCAACGUUCAAGCUACUAACAGAGAGUAAGGAUUCUUUGAUUAUGAUAUUCCUUGAUAAGAUCUCUAGAGAAGAGCUGCAGUAUUACCAUAGACUGACUAAGCUUUUGAAUAAGAAGACCUAUCUGGACUGGCCAGAUCAUGAGAAUGGACAGCAACUAUUUUGGGCAAGAUUACGUAAAGUGAUCGCUAAGUCUGGAAGAAAGCUCAAAUGAAACAUAUUCAUGUUUUAACUGUGCAUUACAGGGGAAUAUUGGGCUUUAAUAAACAUUUCUGACUGUAGAUGUUACAAAA